AUGACUUUCACAGCCUCUCCCCCUCUUGAACAAUCCAAGACCACACAGCCAUGGAAAGUUCUUUCUCAGUUUUUACCGCCUCAAAGCAUUGAUCAUCAGCUAUGGUGGAAUAAGCUAGCACCGGUCAUUGGAUCCUCCCUGAGUCGUGCCAGGUACGGUAUCGAUGCCCAAUAUCAAAGCCUCCUGUUAGUACAGUCUGCUAUCAUCCCAGCUCUGGGGCCCUUCCAGAAUCAUGACAGCUCCAAUAUGACAUGGACGGACUGCAUGGCCAAUAGCAUGGGUCCCCUGGAUGUCAGCGUCAACUAUCAGAACGACUCCAAAUGUGCGUUUCGCAUCACUAUAGAACCCGUCGGCCCUUAUGCUGGCACAGAUUCAGACCCUGUGAACGAGAUCGCGGCUAAACAGCUACUACAAACCCUGAGUCAUAUCCAACAAGGUAUAGACUUUUCCUGGUUCGAUCACUUUGAGCCGAUGCUCAUUACAAACCGUGAAGCACGGCAACACUGGCAUGCCAUCUCUCAUCUCCCUUGCAAGUCUCAGACGGUCGUGGGGAUUGAUCUGCAUGAAGAUCACUUCACCGUUAAACCGUACCUGAGUCCGCUCUUGAAUGCGGCUGCCACGGGGGGCGAUUUCCUGCAGACCAUGUUCAACAAGCUCCGAGCUCUUUCCAGUACGAAGCUGAACUUGUCAGUUGUGGAAGAGUACCUGUCCUUACGGAAAGAUAGCGUCCUCGCUGAGAAGACAUACCUCUCCUUUGAUUGCAAGAGCCAUCGUGAGUCUCGGAUCAAGAUAUAUACCGCGAUGGACAUUACCUCGUUAGAGGAAGUUCGCGAUCUUUGGACCCUCGGAGGGCGUCUUUCUGGACCUGAUAUCGACAAUGGGUUUGACAUUGUAUCGAAAAUGUGGAACAUGAUAUACCCCAAGCCACUGUCUGGAGGGCAGCUCCGGCAAUCGUUAACCGUAAACUUCAACUGGGAAUUGUCGCCCAAAGAUGGUUCUGUCGCACCCAAGGCAUAUUUCCUGGUCGAUAGGGACUUGGAUGAAAAUGUGUCUAGUGCUCUGGUUUCGCUUUUCAAGGAUUUGGGAUGGAAAAAUCACAUAGAGACACACCUGACUUUAGAACAGGAGGUAUACAUUCGAGGAGGGACUGAUGUCUAUCUCUGGUUGGCAUUCGCUUACUCCAACGGCCCGUAUAUUACGGUGUACACCAAUCCUCUUGCCGGUUGCAUGACGGCAUGA